GCUCUGCGCUCUCUUUACUCUGCUUUUACCGUGUUUCCUGUGACAAAGGGAUUCUCCAUCAUGGGUGUGAAGCUCUACUACACCACGGUGACUGCCUCGCGGGAGGUGAAGUCUCAGCAAGCAGAGGUGAUGCGCAUCCUGGAGAGCAAGAACAUCGUGUUCGAGAUGAUCGAUAUCUCCGUGGGCAACGAGGUCCGGGAAGAGAUGAGGAGCAAGGCGGGCAACCCGAGCGCCGUGCCGCCCCAGAUCUUCAACGACGACCAGUACUGUGGGGAUUACCAGAGUUUCUCAGCAGCCGUAGAAGAGGACAAAGUGUUGAAGUUUCUGAAGAUGGCAUGAGGACCCCGCACCCCCCCAUCAGAACAAAUGCCAAAAAACAAGAGAGCAAUCGAUAAGCACACACACAUCCCAUCUUCUGAGUCACAUCGAAUCCCCCUCCAGCCCACCCCAGUGUCCGCACCUGUCUUAAUCUUGCGCUAGUAUGUCUUAAUCUGUCCGAGUCUGCUACCAGCCAGCGUGGUGUCGCCGGUGGGACGGGACCACACACCCACCUGCGACUCACCCAGCUCUUCAUUCCCAGAGCGAGUCGACAGGAUCAGAA